CAGGCUGAAGUUAUUCGUCCCUAUUGUCUCCCUGCCCCCUACCUCCAGUUCUCAAGCUUUGGCAGGGGACAAAGGCAGCCUUUUGGGAUCCCCCCUCCUGCGUCUUUCUGGGCCAAGCACUCCUAGAGCUGCCGGCAGUAACGCAGAGCCUGCCAGCUGGGAUGGAACAACCUGACUGAAGGCGAGGCCCAGGGCGGAGGGGAUUGGGCUGUAGGGCUGUGGAGGAGGGGAGGCGGAGGGGGCGCCGGGACUUUCCUCGCUGCCAGCCCAACCAGCCGAGCCAACUCGCACACCAGCCACCUGGGCCUCUGAAAAGCUGGACUUAGUCUGCACCAUGCAGUGGAUUAGAGGCGGAUCGGGAAUGCUGAUCACUGGAGAUUCCAUCGUUAGUGCUGAGGCAGUAUGGGAUCACGUCACCAUGGCCAACCGGGAGUUGGCAUUUAAGGCUGGCGACGUCAUCAAAGUCUUGGAUGCUUCCAACAAGGAUUGGUGGUGGGGCCAGAUCGACGAUGAGGAGGGAUGGUUUCCUGCCAGCUUUGUGAGGCUUUGGGUGAACCAGGAGGAUGGGGUGGAAGAAGGAUCCAGUGACAUGCAAAAUGGGCACUUGGAUCCCAACUCAGACUGCCUCUGUCUGGGCCGGCCACUCCAGAACCGGGACCAGAUGCGAGCCAAUGUCAUCAAUGAGAUCAUGAGCACUGAGCGUCAUUACAUCAAGCAUCUCAAAGACAUUUGUGAGGGCUACCUGAAACAAUGCCGGAAGAGAAGGGACAUGUUCAGUGAUGAGCAACUGAAAGUGAUCUUUGGGAACAUUGAAGACAUUUACAGGUUUCAGAUGGGCUUUGUGAGAGACCUGGAGAAACAGUACAACAAUGAUGACCCCCAUCUCAGUGAGAUAGGACCCUGCUUUCUGGAGCAUCAAGAUGGAUUCUGGAUAUACUCUGAGUACUGUAACAAUCACCUGGAUGCCUGCAUGGAGCUCUCCAAACUGAUGAAGGAUAGCCGUUACCAGCACUUCUUUGAGGCCUGUCGCCUCUUGCAGCAGAUGAUUGACAUUGCUAUUGAUGGUUUCCUUUUGACUCCAGUGCAGAAGAUCUGCAAGUAUCCCUUACAGUUGGCUGAGCUCCUCAAGUAUACUGCCCAGGACCAUAGUGACUACAGAUAUGUGGCAGCUGCUCUGGCUGUUAUGAGAAAUGUGACUCAGCAGAUCAAUGAACGCAAACGGCGUUUGGAGAAUAUCGACAAGAUUGCCCAGUGGCAAGCCUCUGUCCUAGACUGGGAGGGUGAGGACAUCCUAGACAGGAGCUCGGAGCUCAUCUACACUGGGGAGAUGGCCUGGAUCUACCAGCCCUAUGGCCGCAACCAGCAGCGAGUCUUCUUCCUGUUUGAUCACCAAAUGGUCCUCUGCAAGAAGGAUAAGGAGUUCACACCACUUUCGGUACCAGGGAUUGCCUGGAAAGAAUUUUGAAUCAAGGGAAGUAAAAGAAGAGGGAAAAACCAAAGGAUGUUAGAGUGACUUUCUAAAUUCAUCUUCACCAUCAUCCAGUACCUUUGUCUUUUUCCUCAUUCAGUAGAUAAUCUCUCUGAAGAGGAAUUCUAAUGAAACACCAUGUUUAACACUUUUUAUUUUCCAGUACAACAUAAAUCCCAGAUUUUUAAACCCGUUUC